AUGGGAGUACCCUUGGGCGUAAAUAGUAUGGAUUGGUGCCAUUCCAACUACCUGGUCCUGGGGUUCCUUUGGUGGUAUCAAUAUUUCUUUCGGAUAUUAUGUGACACAAAUGGGAGAGAGCGAGGUAACGACCGGCACGCUCUGUUUUUUCCUGCUUGGCGCGACAGUGCCAGGACCGCAACCUGGCGAGCCAGAAAGUGGUGUCUUUACAGUCUUACCGAGCAGUGGGAAUCCAACAGUUUGGCGCUUGUCCGCGACAACUACAGCUUCGACUACAGCUUCGAGUACUGCUUCAAGUACAGUACUGCUUCAAUGAGCCACACAACAAGUUCCACAACUUCGAUGAGUACUUCGCCGACAUCAACUCCGAAACCACCAGGUCCUUUGCCGGUCUCUGUAACUGAGAGUGCAAGCAUUGGUGUCGGCGUCUCGCUCUUUGUUUUACUUCUUAUCGCGGCAUUCAUCUUCUACCUCCGGUGGCGGCAUCGCCAAAAUUCGGGGACGAACACUAAUGCAGGAGCACAGUUUGAGAAGCCAGAGUUAGAGGCUGCCCAGGCAAGACAGAAAGAAAUCGUUGAGGCUGAAGCAGGGGAAGCUGGCGGUCUUCGUCACGUGAUUAUACAGAGUCAUGAGCUUGAGGGCACCGAGUUUCAAGUGAAUUGUGAUUGGCACUUGACCUUGCUGAAAGUUGCAGAGUAUGGCUAGAUAUAAUGGAAUCUUAAUGUCGAGCGUAUGCUGCGUUCAGGUUUUGCAAGAAGCCAUAUUUAAAAUGACAACAAUUCACGUGCAUCGCUGUGGAGCAGGGGAGGAAUGCUAAUGCAGGGGUAAAUAUUCGGACUACACCGAUUUCGACUUUGAUUGUAUGGGGAGUAUUAUUGGAAAGUGAUCGAUUUAUUGAUGGAAAAUCGAUAUAUUGGAGGUUGACAAUCUGUAAAAUG